CGCUGUAUAUCUGGUGGUGAUUUGUGUGUGAAUUAACCUGAGGUUUCUCGGGCUGUUCAACGCUUCGAGUGUGAUCGCCGCACUCCCGAUGCUCGGGCUCGCCGGCUGUUGCUGCCUCCACAGACGCUGCCCGGCUUCAUUAACUUUCCCCCAGCGUUUCGUGUUGUCGGUUCAUUUGGUUUCCUGCCGCCGGCGGUCGGAGACCCUGCUCUCCCUUCACCCCCGUACCGCCCGCUGCUCGGAGGCCGGUGACCGGGUCCCGGCUGCCUGCCGCCGGCCGGAGCGGUAACCCCGGCGGGGCGACCGGCCGGGCCUGAGCAUGGCCUCGCGGUGGAGCGGGCCGGCGGGCUGGCGCCAGCUCGGACUGCGGUGGUGGGGGCUGAGGGAGGCGGCCGCGCUCCGCGGGCUGAGGGAGGCGGUCAGCCCGGGCCGGGCGGUGCGGGAGCGGGACGACUCCCCUGUUGUCCGCUACAUGGGGAAGGGCCGCAGGAGGAGCCGCGUGUUUGUGUGGGGAUUUGCCCGCACCGGGGCUCUGGGCCUGCCCGCCGCGGCCCGCCAGAGAGCCGCGAGUAUGCAGCUGAGGCCUCGCCGCCUGGAGCUGGAGCCGGAGCCGGAGGCGCGGAUCUCCUCUGCUGCCUGUGGCUAUGGAUUCACAUUACUGGCUUCACAAACCACUGACAUUACCAAGGUCUGGGGAAUGGGCCUCAACAAAGAUUCUCAGAUUGGAUUUCACAGGAGUCGACAGGACAGGACGAAGGGCUAUGAGUACGUCCUGGAACCUUCCCCAGUCCCACUGCCUCUGGAGAAGCCUCAGGAGACACGAGUGCUGCAGGUGUCGUGUGGGAGAGCACAUUCGCUGGUGUUGACAGAUAAUGAGGGAGUAUUCAGUAUGGGAAACAAUGCGUAUGGACAGUGCGGGAGGAGCAUUGUGGACAGUGAGAUUUAUAGCGGCAGCCAAAUUAUUCACCGUAUUGAAGGUUUGGAUAGCAGAAUUGUUGAGGUUGCUUGUGGACAGGAUCACAGCCUCUUCAGAACAGACAAGGGUGAGGUCUAUUCCUGUGGAUGGGGAGCUGACGGACAAACAGGUCUUGGUCACAAUGGUGCAGUUUCUAAACCAACCAGGCUGACAGGAGAUAUUGCUGGAGUGAACAUUGUGCAGAUCGCAACGUAUGGAGACUUCUGUUUGGCUGUAUCCAAAGAUGGGGGUGUGUUUGGCUGGGGGAACUCUGAGUAUCUGCAGCUUGCUACAGUUACUGAGACCACACAGGUGAAUGUGCCGAAGCAGCUCCCGUUUAAGGGCCUGGGAAAGAUAAAGUCUGCGGCGUGUGGUGGUACUCACGCUGCAGUCCUCAAUAGUGAUGGCAACAUGUUUGUGUGGGGCUACGGGAUCCUGGGGAAAGGAUGUAACCUUUCUGAGUCCAGACUGCCGGAGAUGAUCCCACCAACACUGUUCGGCUGCUCUGAGUUCACACCCCAAGUGCGAGUUGAUCGCGUUGCCUGUGGGCUCCAUCAUUUUGCUGCCGUCACUAAUCGUGGGGAGCUCUUUGUAUGGGGUAAGAACCAGCGGGGUUGCCUUGGCAUUGGAAGGAUGGACGAUCAGUACUUCCCCUGGAGGGUGACGGUACCAGGAGAUGUCACGGAUGUGGCUUGUGGGGUCGACCACAUGGUGGCGAUGACAAAAUCAUUCAUCUGACCUGACAGCCCACGAACAGGGGUGAUUAUAAAAACAUCUCCGAUUCUCGGCAAAAACUGUUCCAAGUACUCACUUUGGACUUCACAAUGGAGGCUUGUUUUUGAACAAGACAUAGAUUUCUGCUUUUCCUCAGGUGUCCACAGUGGGCCAGAUGUGUCCCUAGCAUGUUCAAAUGUCAGGAUGUGACCUCCCCACAGCCUGGCUGUUCUCCUUCUUUGGCAAUGACUCAUUUUCUUUUAUUCCCUUUAACACUGAGUGGUGAACUUAACUUACUGACCAUGCUGUGAGCAUAAUGCUGCAGCUGUGGUCACAGCGUUGACCAAUGGAUGUCACUACCUGAUCACACUGGGAUUUGUACCUCAACCAAUCACUCUGACAAACUGGCUUCUCUGGGAAAGAAUUCUUCUGUUUCAAAUGCCAAAGGUCUCAGCUAAUCUUUCGCUGUGAUGUAGUUCCUCCCCUCCUCGUCUCCUAGCUUUCAUUAAACUUCACAUAAAAGUACCUGCAGUGAGAGAGCCCUGUGGGAGAUCUGAGCUGCUGUGUCCUCACCAAAUCCCAGGCACCACACACCGAUGAGGCCACAAUGGCAGCACCCAGCAGCACAGCUGUCCGCCUUCACUGGUGUGUCAUCUGCACUGAGGCGGGAGCCUUGGAUUCAUGUGGGAAGGCUGUGAUAUCCCUGCUUCCCUACCAUCAGUCAAACUUCUCCAUAGAGUCACACAGCACAGUCACACCCAACUGGUCCAUGCUGACCAAGAUUCCCAUCUAAGAUAGUCCCAUUUGCCCACUUUAGGCCCAUAUCCCUCUAAAACUUUCCUAUCCAUGUACCUGUCCAAGUACCUUUUAAAUGUUGUUAAUGUACCUGCCUCACCCACUUCCUCCGGCAGCUCGUUCCAUAUACUGACCACCCUCUGGGUGAAAAAGUCGCUCCUCAGGUUCCUAUUAAAUCUCUCCCCUCUCACCUUAAACCUGUGCCCUCUAGUCCUUGAUUCUCCAACCCUGGGAAAAAGGCACAGUUGUUAAAAAUAACGCUGGCAGUGGGUGCAUUGAAUGGAGUGCAGUCCCCAACUGCCAGUCCCCGGUAGAAGGGCCCCAGAUUCUCCUGGUGUUAGACACAGUUACUCCAAGGGCUUCCUGUGACAGUGGAAAGGGGAGCUGGUUCCUGAGGAACACUGGUGGAACUGCAUGACAGUGUGUGUCUGACUGUAUUUAUACAGUCUGGGUCACAGCUGAUAAGGUGGCCACAGAGCCAGAAAUAAUGGGGUGAAUGGAACGAACAAGACGGGGUGUUGGACGUGACUGAGGGGGGUUUCCAGCGGGUGGGAGAGGACAUUGUGAUGGCUGUUACAGUGAACAGCAGUAUUCGAGAAGUGCAUCAAGGUCAGCCCAAAAUUGGUGGAAAUCCCCAGGGCUGUUACUAAAGACUUCUGCCCCUUUCCCAGUGUCUCAUGGGGAAAGCUACUGGGAUUCUCAUUCUAAUAAAUAGAUUAUAAAAGAUAAUCAAAGGAGAUAGAUGCGAUGAAUUUGCUUGAGUUUGAUGUUAUGGAUAAAUUUGUUCGUGUUUUAUCACUGAAUUGAGGAGGGAAGCUCCACACCAGAAUUCUAUCGGUGAACCCCAACGUGUUGCAGAAACUACAGCCUCUCUGAGCAGAGGUUGAUCUAUUACCAGGCAGUUUUGGCAAUGGACCACUCGUGACCAGAGUUUAUCAAGAGGUCAAAUGUGAGAUGAUGCAUGGUUUAUCUUCAGACAUCUGGAGGCCCCGGAGUCGGUGGCAAGGGAGUGGUUUUUGGAGAGUCUGAGGGAGGGCAAGGACUUUAUAAAAUAUCUUUGUCCAUCAGCCGCGGACAGCCUCAGUCCAUACUGAGAAUGAGAAAGAUGCUAAAUAAAUGUGUCCCUUUUA